AUACAUUGCCUAAUCACAUCUUCAAUUUCUCUCUUUUCAUCAUUUCUCACGCAUUCUACUUCAUACCCCAACACCAUGUCAAACAACUCUCCCUACACUCCUCUUCUCAAUGGGGCCCACAAUAACCGUGGAAACCGUAACAACCUUCUUCUCAUCCUUACCGGCUUACUUUUACUCGCUUCGUUAAUCGCCUUUAGCGGCUACCGAGCCUCCAACGUAACUGUCCCUCAUGCUCACGUCUCAUCGUCAUCCACAAUAUCUCAUGAAACAACCAAACCUAUCACGGUGCCUGCUGCUUCGUCGCGCGGUGUUUCCGCCGGUGUGUCGGAGAAGUCAAACAUGUUUCUCUCCGCCGGUGUGUCGGAGAAGUCAAACAUGUUUCUCUCCGCCGCCGGUAAUAAGGUUGGAGAAACAGAAUCAUUUCCUUGGAACAAUACUAUGCUGUCGUGGCAGAGAACGGCUUUUCAUUUUCAGCCAGAGAAGAAUUGGAUGAACGAUCCUAACGGUCCUAUGUACUACAAGGGAUGGUACCACUUUUUCUACCAAUAUAAUCCAAACGGUGCCGUUUGGGGAGACAUAGUUUGGGGACACGCUGUGUCAAGAGACAUGAUUCACUGGCUUCACCUUCCACUAGCAAUGGUUGCUGAUGAAUGGUAUGACAAGAACGGUGUUUGGACAGGGUCUGCUACCAUCUUAUCUGACGGUCAAAUCGUCAUGUUAUACACCGGUUCCACUAACGAAUCCGUUCAAGUUCAAAAUCUUGCAUACCCUGCUGAUCCCUCUGACCCUCUCCUUGUAGAUUGGAUCAAAUACCCUUCCAAUCCGGUUCUCUUCCCUCCACCAGGUAUCCUUUCUAAGGAUUUUCGCGAUCCAACAACGGCUUGGCUUACUGCUGAAGGUAAAUGGCGCAUAACCAUAGGAUCCAAGAUUAACAAAACUGGUGUUGCUUUGGUUUAUGACACGGUGGACUUCAAGACCUAUGAGCGUAAACAGGGUUUGCUUAAUGCUGUUCCUGGAACAGGUAUGUGGGAGUGUGUGGACUUUUUUCCUGUUUCUAAGAAAUCUGAAAAUGGGUUGGAUACUUCUUUUAAUGGGGAUGAGGUUAAACAUGUGAUGAAAGUGAGCUUGGAUGAUGAUAGACAUGAUUAUUAUGCAUUGGGGAUUUAUGAUGAGAAGAAGGUUAAGUUUGUAGCAGAUGAUUUGAAAAAUGAUGUUGGUAUUGGACUAAGGUAUGAUUAUGGCAUAUUUUAUGCUUCCAAGACAUUUUAUGAUGAGAAAAAGCAUAGGAGAGUCUUGUGGGGUUGGAUUGGAGAAUCUGAUAGUGAAUAUGCUGAUGUGGCCAAAGGUUGGGCUUCUGUUCAGAGCAUUCCACGAAUUGUGAAGCUUGACAAGAAGACUGGUAGCAAUUUACUUCAAUGGCCUGUUGCUGAAGUGGAAAGUUUGAGAUUAAAAAGCAAUGAAUUUAAAAAUUUGAAGGCCAAGCCAGGAACAGUGAUGUCACUAGAUAUUGAAACUGCCACACAGUUGGACAUUCUAGCUGAAUUUGAGAUAGACAAAGAAGCUUUGGAGAAAACGGCUCAUACCAAUUUAGAGUAUGAGUGCAGCAUCAGUGGUGGAGCUUCCCAACGUGGUGCCUUAGGACCUUUUGGUCUUUUGGUUUUGGCAGAUGAUGGUCUUUCUGAGUAUACUCCUGUGUACUUUUAUGUUGUUAAAGGAAGUAAUGGAAACCUUAAGACUUCUUUCUGCUCUGAUCAAUCAAGGUCUUCUCAAGCAAAUGAUGUCCAUAAGCAAAUAUUUGGGAGUGUAGUUCCAGUACUUAAAGGAGAAAAAUUGUCCCUAAGAAUAUUGGUGGACCAUUCAAUUGUUGAAAGCUUUGCUCAAGGUGGAAGGACAUGUGUGACAUCAAGAGUUUAUCCAACAAGGGCAAUUUAUGGAGCUGCUCGAUUGUUCUUAUUCAACAAUGCUACUGAGGCCACUGUUACAGCCUCUCUUAAGAUUUGGCAGAUGAAUUCCGCAUUUAUACACCCAUUUCGCCCUGAUCAGAAGAGCUAAAUAAAUUAAAUUAAAUUAAAUUAAAUUAAAUUAAAUUGGAGAUUAAAGACACAUAAUCACAAACACAAAAUAAGGGGAAAUUAUUUGGUUGGCAAGUUGUACCCAACAACUUUAAUGAAUCACCAAUCCAUUCAACAUUGUGGGCUUUUGUACUAUAUCCAUUCCCCAAUUUUUGUUCAAUUAUUUUGAGAAUAUUUCAUUGUAAUUUGAUCGCCCCACAUGUAUUUAUUUAUUUAUUUUUGCAACAGCACAUGUUGGAAGAGAUCGAUCUGUUCAUUAGAGAAAUAUGAUGUUAAUGUUCUCCAUGUCUCUAAUAAAAAUCUCUAAGUUGAUGGUUAA